AGCCGCUCGAUCGCGGUUCCCACCCCCUCUCCUUCAAAUCGAUCUUCAACGCGCGAGUGUCUUACUUCGCCGACGGGUGGACGAAACCGCGCGAGUGCGAUCCGGAGUUGUCGAGGAUAUGCCAGUGGUGGAGCCCCAUUGAGGAUCGUCCGCAGUCGAGUGCAAUCAUCGAGAAGAACGGCCCCCGAUUACCAAAAUGGGUAAGAAGGAGGAAGUAAACGAAGUACCAGGAGAGCAAAUGAAGGACUUUAGUAGCACAACAAAAAUCGCACCUGCUAUUGGUCACUACCAUGAAAAAGAUGAAUUGUACGAUCCUUUUGAUCACAGAGACAAGAAGCACGCAACUUCAGACGCAGGCUCGGCGACGCACCUCAUCAAGUCGUCCCUGGGCACUGGUAUCCUGGCAAUGCCGAGCGCCAUUAAAAACGGCGGCCUCAUCGUCGGCGGCAUCGGCACCGUCCUCAUCGGCAUACUCUGCUCCCACUGCGUGCACAUCCUCGUCAAGUCCUCCCACGUCCUUUGUCGUAGGACGAAGACGCCCCAGAUGACGUACGCGGAGACGGCGGCCGCGGCCUUCGAGUGCGGCCCCAAGCCUCUAAGGGGAUACGCCAACUUCGCCAGGAACAUCGUCAAUGGGGCGCUGUGCGCGACGUACGUGGGCGGCUCCUGCGUUUACAUCGUCUUCAUAGCCAACGGAAUAAAACAGCUGGGAGAUUAUUACAGUGGUAUUGACAUUCCAGUGCGCACGUACAUGCUUUGUCUGAUUCCGGCAGUAGUCCUUCUCGGGCAAAUUCGUCAUCUGAAGAUCCUCGUGCCUUUUUCGGUCAUAGCCAACAUGAGCUUGACGGUCGGAUUCGCCAUUACGCUCUACUACAUAUUUAGCGAUAUCCAGCCGUUGGAAAAUAUUCAUUACGUAUCAACUUGGGCUCAGAUGCCCAAAUUCUUUGCGACCGUAAUAUUCGCAAUUGAAGGCAUUGGCACUGUGAUGCCCAUUGAAAACAGUAUGGCAAAUCCAAAUCAUUUUAUCGGCUGUCCUAGUGUUCUUAAUAUUUCCAUGACCGUUGUCAUCUCGCUCUACACAAUGAUGGGAGUAUUCGGCUACUUGAGCUUCGGGGAGUUAGCCAAAGGCAGUAUUACGUUUAACCUUCCCACUGAUGAGAUCCUUGGGCAGAUUGUCAAGAUCUUGAUUGCACUCGCCAUUAUCUUGACUUAUGGAUUGCAAUAUUUUGUGCCGUUGGAGAUUAUUUGGAGCUCCAUUAAACACAAAUUCAGCCAUAAGUGGGAAGUUUUUGGGGAGACCAUCAUGAGGAUUCUUAUGGUUCUUCUUACUGUGAGCGUGGCUAUGCUGGUACCCGACCUGGAGCCCUUCAUAUCCUUAGUCGGAGCCAUAUUCUUCUCUUUCCUCGGCAUAUUUAUUCCAGCCGUUGUCGAGACAGUUUCCUGCUGGGAAUGCCAUCUCGGUGUGGGCAAGUGGAGGCUGUGGAAAAAUAGCUUCCUGAUGCUGAUGGCGCUGUGCGCCCUCGUUUCUGGCACCUGGAUUUCAGUAUUAGACAUCAUUGCGCUUUAUGACAAUGAUGCGAGUCCGUCGGGCAUUGGUGCUUUGAACGUCACUACCGAGUCGAUUUUGACGACGACGCUGAGCCUCGUCAAUAGCACCGCGACCUUACGAAAUUAGAUUUGUUAUUAAUAAUUCGGAAUGUACUGCCAGUGUAGGUUUAAAUUUAACAAACGAGAGAUAUUGUGGCUGGGACGUUCUCGAAUUUUGUUUGACUUGUAAAUAAUGUACUUUUUGGGGAUCAUAAGAAUGGGUCAACGAACAAAUGUAUUAAACGUGAAAUAUUUAAUAUUAAUUGUGUUUUGAAAUCUAUUGGAAGCACUUCGGGAAAGUGAUAAAGAACAGAUCUCGACAUCACUUAAAUCAUUAUAUCAUAAGUCUUAGCGCGAGCGUCAAGUUAACAUAACAGCAUAACGAUGAAAGCGCCAUUAUCGCAUCACGAGCAUUUAUCAUUUCUUAAUAAUUUUUGUGUAAUUUAUUGAAUAAUUUUAGAUUUAUACGUGCUUAAGAAAAUUAUUUAUUUACUGAGCAGAAUUUACUCUAUCUAUUAUGACGAUUGUCAGACAACUAACUGUUAGAUAAUCGACAACAUUGAAAUUCACUAUAACCAAUAACAACAACAACAACAACAACAACAACAACAACAACAACAACAAUAACAAU